GGACUAUCAUUACUUCAAAAAACCAAACCGAAAUUUUCCGAGGCUGACUCUGCCCUCUCUCUUGUGUGUUCUUCUCAGAACCUUCUCUUCUCUUCUUCACACACACACACACACAGUGUAUCUGCAAGUUUCAAUGGAGACUGAAAUGUUCAACAAGACACCAUCACACCCUGAAUAUCCUGAGAUGAUUUAUGAAGCCCUUGAAGCACUAAAUCAAGAAGGAGGCUCAAACAAGUCAUCAAUAUCAAAGUACAUUGAAUCCAAAUAUGGAAACUUAGAUCAAGGUCACUCAAAGUUGCUCACUUUCUAUUUAGACAAAAUGAAGCAAACUGGUGAGUUAAUUUUCCUCAAAAAUAAUUACAUUAAACCUGGUCCAGAUGUUCCACCUAAACGUGGCAGAGGAAGACCAAGAAAAGAUCCUAAUGCACCACCUAUUCCUAAAAAGCCAAAGCCAACAGCAGCUUCUAAUGCACCACCCACACCUCUUGUUUCAAAAACAGGAGGGCCAAGGGGUAGGCCUAGGAAAAUUAAACCACAACUAUAAGCACAAAAUGGUGUUGAGGGAAGCUGAAAAAUUGUAGGGGUUAUUUGAGUUUUUAGGACUUUGUUGUUGUGCUUUUUAUAAUCUUAGGUAAAUUAGUGUUGUUAAUUCUCCUUUUUGAUUGGUACAUGAGUUGUGUGUAGUAGUUGUAGUUGUGCAUGUAGUUUGGAAGAGGGUGGGGGUGGGGUGGAGUGGUGUGUGUGGGGGUGUGUGUACUUGUUUAAUGGCUCUUUCAAGAUUCACAGUAGGGAAAUCUCUAAUCCUUGUUAAGUUGUUAUUUUUAUGUGAGAUUAGUGCAGUUUCCACUCUGUUGUCUAUA